UACGAUAGGAAUUAUGUUAUAUCAAUAUCUUCUGUUAGAGGUGUAUCUCAUUCUUAUGAUUAUUUUCUUCCAUAAAAAAAUAAUAAUUCGCAAUUUGCAUCGCUCAAAGGAAAAAUAGAUUUUGUGUUAAGGUACAAAUUACUGGUGAUUGAAAACUCAUUUAUUUGGAGAAGACUUUUUUCAAUUCUCUGUAAUGUUUACUUCUAUUCGUACUUUACGUUCUCAAAAUUUAAGAUCGGCCUUCAAUUUAUGUUCUUAUUCCAAUCAAAGCCACAAUGCAGCUACAGAAAGGACACAUCAAACUCAUUUCGGUUACGAAAUGGUGGACGAAAACAUAAAAACUGAGAAAGUUCGCGAAGUUUUUGAAAAAGUAGCAGAUUCGUAUGAUAAAAUGAAUGAUGCCAUGAGCUUAGGAAUUCAUCGAGUUUGGAAAAAUGCAUUCAUGCAGCGGCUGAAUCCUCCCCAUGGGACUGACUUGUUAGAUGUUGCUGGAGGAAGUGGUGAUAUCGCCUUCCGGUUCAUUGAUUAUUUGAAACAUCAACCAAAUUCAGAAAAUAAAUCUAGUCACGUUACUGUUUGUGACAUUAACGAAGCCAUGUUGAAAGUUGGCCAGAAGCGAGCUAAAAAAUUAGGAUACACCGACGAUAAUCAAAUCAAAUGGAUCCAAGGAAAUGCUGAAAAUUUACCAAUAGAUUCUGAAUCUGUUUCAGCGUACACGAUUUCGUUUGGAAUCCGAAAUGUAACCCAUAUUGAUAAAGCUUUAGAAGAAGCUUAUAGAGUUCUCAAGCCAGGAGGAAGAUUUUUAUGCUUAGAAUUCAGUCACGUGAACAAUGAAUUCCUGAGAAAAAUCUACGAUUCGUAUUCAUUCAGCGUUAUCCCAGUAAUGGGUCAGAUUAUUGCUGGAGAAUGGAAACCUUACCAGUAUUUAGUAGAAAGCAUCCGUAAAUUUCCCAAUCAAGAGUCAUUUAAAAGAAUGAUUCAAGACGCCGGAUUCCGAUCGGUUACGUAUGAAAAUUUAACAUUUGGCGCCGUUGCAAUCCAUAGUGGAUUCAAAUUAUGAGUAUAAUUGGAUAGUUCAAUUGUUUCAAGAAAAUUCGAUCAUGUCCGAUUCAUAAAAAUCUCAAAAUUUCUGUCACCUGUACAAUUUAUGUAGACUGUGGUAUUGAAAAAAUUUCAAUGUAUUAUUUGUUUGUCAUGUUCACUUUCAAUUUGGAUUCAUAGGUUACGAGCGCAAUUAAAUGAAAUGACAAUAUUAAAACAUCGUACACUUUA